CAAAUUCUUUUAGACAAUACCUACCUCAGAGCUUACUGAUAGUGAUAUCAAAUUUGUUUCUUUCUUCUCAAGUUAUCAUUCGUGUAUUCCGAUUCCAUUUUCCUUAUUUCAUUUUUCUUCUUGCCAAUGCUGUGGUGUUCAAGAUCACAUUGAUCUAUUGGACUAUUUUUCGGUGUAUUUUUUUAUAUCAAAUAAUCAAACGGAAACUAAUAGUUGAUGGAACGUUUACCAUGAGACUCCGGUCAAUUAGCAAUUUUUGGUGUCUUUUCAUGAAACUCAGCCUGGCUAUUGGAUUGACGAGCUGUAUUUCGAGCUCGAAUCAGAAAUAUGUCGCAGGUAAAGGAAUCAUCUCACCUCCAUGCAUGCUUCCAGAUCCAGAGGCAGAAGCAGAUAUAGUUUUAGAGAUCGGAACACCUCUAGAGAUCUUUUGUACAUUAGAAUUGAAGGAUAUCAAUUCCUGGAAUCAAACCUCUAAAGACAUAAGAUUUCAUGAAGGAGAUCGUAUGGUGGACAACGAGUGCGUAACAUUAGUAAAUUCGACAACAGCCAGAUUACUCGUGGAAAAUUUAUCUGUUACUGUCAAAAAGAAGAUUUUCUAUUGCAUGCUCAGCUGGAGCGGCAGCAGUGGUGGUAAUCUAACAUCUAACGCAUCCGACAGCAGCUCAAAAACAUCAUUGACCAAUGAGCCUGAAACUCGAAUGGAACAGCUGAUCUGUUCAAAUUCUGUACUAAUCGGUAGCAAACCAAAAAAAGUAGUCAACUUUAAAUGUCUCGGUUACAAUUGGGAAGCGUUGGAUUGCUGGUGGCACGAGCCUAGUAACGGAAUCCAGACAGAUUAUUCGAUACAUUAUUCCAUUCCCAAAGAAGCUGGUAAAAAUGAAAUGUUCGGUUGUCCAACUGAUCAGAGUGAACCUGGUCACUGUCGGUGGACUAAGAAUACGUCUCCUCCUUAUAGAGAAAAUUUCGAAUUCGUGAACUUUUACAUUAAUGGCGAUAACCAAUUUGGAAACAUUACCCAAAUGUCCAGAUGGCAUCAUUACGCUCACGUUGUUCUCGCGCAACCGAGUAAUUUGACAUCUUUGAAUGCAACACCUCACAGUGUUUAUCUGCAAUGGCACAUUGGUUCUUGGAACGUGUCCAGUAUAGAUUUACUUUAUCGAGUCAAAUAUAAGCAGCCUUCUUCAAAGCAUUGGAAUGUAAUCUACUUUCACUCAAAAGAUGUAGAGAAACAAGAUGGUUACGUAAAAGUCAACAUAACCGGCAUAAAGUACCCGAAUAUGGAGUAUAAGUUCUUUGUAUACGUGAAAUUAUCCUUAUCCAUGAAAAAUCCUUGGUCUAAAGCAGCUUCUUUGCUGGUGAAAACUAGCCCAUGCGCACCCUACCGGUCACCUAAAACUGACACAGGUGGAUUUGAAAUUUAUGGUGAACGAUCAAAUUUCAGAAACAUGAUUCUUUAUUGGAAGCAAAUCCCCGCAGAAGAAUAUAAUGGUGAUAAUUUCGAGUACCAAAUAACUGUGUUUGAAAACGAUAUCAAAGUCGAUAUUAAGCCUAUUUCGAUGAAUAAUUUUUCGGCCAAAUUCUCUGAUCUCUCGUUCAACGCUUAUACAUUUUAUAUUAAAUCAGUAAACGAGAUUGGCUCAGCUCCUCGAUCUUCCAUCGUACAUGUACCCUCAAAACAUGAUAUCUUGCCUGUACCCUUCAUGAAUGAUAUAAUACGUUUUGGAGACAAUUUAAAGGAAAUUACAGUGUUAUCAGAUAUACGAGACGUAGAAUUCCAUCAUUACCAAAUCACAGUCACCAAUUUUACAUUAUUCUGGUGCAAAAGUCAUCACGGUGAUCCAAGUCCCUGUACUAACUUCUUCACAUGGAUCCAUCUACCAGUUGAUAUAUUGUGGGGCAAUUACGCUUUUAAGCAUAACUUGACCACCGAGCAGGACAUUGGUUAUCAAUUCGCUGUCAGUACAAAUUCACGCAACUCUAGCAGUGGCAUGGAAUGGAUUCUAUGCACUGGUAUUUACAACCAGGUAAAUAAAAUUCAAAAUAUUUGGAUUGGAACGGUUGGCUCGGAUUUUGUAGACAUACGAUGGCAGUUGGAAUGCGCCAAUCAUGUGAAAGGUUUUCAAGGCUACAACAUAUCAUAUUAUCCUAUCACUGAGAAUCACCCGCAAGAUACUGUCAAAUCUACAGCACAAUAUUUAGAAUAUUAUUAUGAGGGUACAAGCGUUCUUAAUGUUGAAAUUAAAGAUUUACUGUCAAAUACCCCUUACAAAUUUUCUGUGGCUAUUUUCACUGGUGAAUUAUUAGGACCGUGGAGUGAGUGGGUGUACGCACGUACACUGAACCUACCAUAGGGCAUACGUAUGGUCACUUGAGUGAAAUGGGGGUAGGCGAUUAUUCCAAAAUUACGAGUUCAAACGGCGUCCAGGACCCACGACCUUUCGUAAGGUACAGUUUAAUUGGUUGCCUAUCGAUAUUUUUGCAGAAUAAUUUUUACCGGGAAUUUAUUUAUUUCGGGUAUUCUUCCUGUGCUAGUUUCAUCACUUCAUCUUCGCAUUCUUAUUAGAAAAUGAAAGGAAAAUCUUCAACUUUUUCCCCCUGGAAUUCGGGUUACCAUUAUUCUCUUCUUCCCUGUCGAAGAAAUAAAACCCCACAAAAUACAUUUUUUUUAUUGACUACACACUCCUGAUUUGAUAUGAUUGAUCCUAAAAUAUUGCGAGGUAAACUAGAAAAUUAUGGUAUUAGAGGGGUGGCUUUGGACUGGACCACAUCCUUUCUCAAAAAUAGAACUCAAAUUGUUAAGACAGAAGAUAUAAAUGGAGAAUACCAUUUCUCUGAACAAUACCCAGUUGAGCAAGGAGUUCCACAAAUGUAUUUUUUCUGAUUUAUUACAAUUACCUAUGUUGCUUUUUUAUUUAUUUUUAUUAUUUUGGUUUCUAUUAUUUUCAUUGAAGGCGUCUAUUGCUGUACAUGGCACAUUCAUUUCAUUUUAUUUCAUAAUUAUUAUUUAUUUUAUUAUUCAUUUUUUUAUAUCUUUAUCAUUUCCUAUACACUGUUAGUACAUAAGUCGACUUUGUAAAUGCAGCAAUGCCUGCCUAUUGCAAAAAAUAAAGUUAAUUUGAUUUGAUUUGAUUUGAUUUGAUAAGAAGACUAGAACUACUCAAUAUACCACACAAGUUAUACACAUAGGUAACUUAGAAUUUUCAUACAUAACAUACUUAUUCAAAGAUGUAAAUGACUACGUACUAAUAAAACAUAAUUAGCAAACACCAUUAUUGUAACAAAAAAAAAAAAAAAAAAAAAAAAAAAAAAAAAGAAAAAGAAA